GGUCAACGCCCACGGCGGCGCCGUCGAGCUGGGCCACGUGCUGGGCGCCACCAGCGCGGUCAUCAUACCCCGCCUCGUCAGCGUGCUGCGCGCCCACGGCGCGCGCGUCGGAUGCGCCGCGUUUUGCAACGGCGGCGGCGGCGCGAGCGCGAUCGUGAUAGAGGCACUCAGGUGGCACCGAGGGUCGCACAUCUGAUGCUCUCUA